UCGAACGCCGUUCGUACACACGAUAAGUCACGUGUGGAUCUAGCUCUAGCAAUAAUUAAACAAAAAUAAAUACAUAGUUGGUUUUUAUAUAGGCAUCAAGUUGACCACAAAUUUAUAACUCUAACCUGUUCAUUCAAAAUAAUUGUGUAUUGUCGACUUCUGCUACGAAAAUGGAACAUAAUCUUCAUAACAAUACACCUGUUCAUUGGGGCUACGGAGCGGCUCCCGUGGCGAGUACGCCGCACAGUCACUGGGCUCCGCCACCGCAAAGUCAUAGCUUGAAACGCGCAUUAUCCGAAAGUGAUUGUGAUGAACUCUACUCUGAGGAAUCCUCGAAAGAGCAAGUUUCUCCCAGCGAAACUGGAAGUUGUCAGUUAUUGACACGUAAGAAAAGGCGAGGUGUUAUUGAGAAGAAGCGACGGGAUCGCAUAAAUUCUUCACUCACUGAGUUGAAACGUCUCGUGCCAACGGCUUAUGAAAAGCAAGGUUCUGCUAAAUUGGAGAAAGCUGAAAUCUUACAAUUAACCGUGGAACAUUUGAAAAAUCUGCAAACAAAAGGUAUUGAAUCGUUCAGCUAUGAUCCUCAACGCUUCGCCAUGGAUUACCAUAUUAUCGGCUUUCGAGAGUGCGCUGCCGAGGUAGCGCGCUACUUAGUGACCAUAGAGGGUAUGGAUAUUCAGGACCCACUUCGCCUACGCCUCAUGUCGCAUUUGCAGUAUUUCGUGCAACAGCGUGAAUUGUCGGCCAAGAGUUGUGCCAGUCCCGGCGGCUGGACUUCGGCGUCCGCAUCCAGUGGUUAUCAGACAAACUGUAGUGCAGCACCUUACCAACCUUACCCAGGCACACCUACUGCUCAUCCCGGCCUCAAUCCCACGUAUAUGCCCACACCAAUACAUGCCUAUCCCACACUGAGCACCUCGCCAAGCAGCACUACGCACCUUCAGCCGCAUCCGCACCACCUUCAACAACACAGCACACAACAGCAACAGCUGCAGCAGCAAGCGGCGCCUGGACAGGUUAACCGAGCUUCUUCGGCCAAUGGAACAGUGUCAAGUGAAACGAUGCCUAUCAUAAGUCACGCAACCAAUCAGCCAAAUCAACAACAACAGCAGCAGCAAUCACUCUCAACGCAUCAAACACAGACAGCGUCGUCACAGUUGCAGCAAACACCUGUGUCGCACGAAUCACAUCUUCAGCAGCAACCACAACAGCCACCACCACCGCAAGCGCAGCCGCAGCCUCAACACUACACGCAAGAACACACGCACACCGAUCAACAAGGCGUCACUUAUGCGGACUUAUCCAACUCCCAGGUUCACAUUGAUCAUCGCAAUCCCACUGCGGCCAUUGCCGCAACUGGUCUGAACUACCCUGGCUCCACACAUUAUCCGGUUGCAGCUGCACAGGAGUACAAUUCGAAUUACGUGGCCGCGAACGGUUCCAAGCCAUAUCGACCAUGGGGUGCCGAAAUGGCCUAUUAACGGCCAUAUGCAAAUGUAUAACAAUAACUUCGGUUAACUGUUGUUGAAAAAACGCAGUAAUGAUAUUCAUAACCUAGUCACGAAAGAUAAAAAAUGCAAGUCCAACUUACCUAAUUUAUUUGUAGAAAUUAUGAAAUAAGGAAAAUAUAAUGUUAACAUUUUCUAACUAUUGUAUAUGUAUGUGAAAUCUACUUACAUAUACAUAUGUAUGCAUACAGUGAUCCAACGUGUACAAAUAUUCACUUUAGGGAUUUUCCGGGAAAUAGGAUUAAAUAAAUUUAAGCUUUAAUAUACAUUUGGUAAACGUGAGAAUAUGUAUGGUAAAUAUAUUUUUAUACAAAGUUAUUGUAGAUAUACUUGUACAAAUAGUAUUAGCGUUCUUAUUACUUUUAAAACACGAAUAUUGUAUAGAUAUUAAAAAAAUGAUUUUAAAUAUAAAUAAACAAACCGUGAGUAAAUAUCAUUAAUAACUUCAUCUCUGAAUCUGGAUGUACCGAUUAAAGAAAUAUUCAAAUUUUACACAAUUUGUAUAGCGCGAUUGAUUAUUUUUUGCUCAAAGGAGGUUUCAAUAGCGCGAAACAGACGAUUCUAUUGAGGUCUGAGGACAGGAAAAACUGGUUGGAGGCCAGAUCCACUUGUCGAUCAUUGUUUAAUGCGUUUUUUAUUUCCGUUUUUGUAUGAAAUUUCCGCAAAUAGUGUCAAUCACCACUACCUCGUUUACCCGGUAACUGGUGAAAUAGUACCUUAUAUUAGGCUCUAAAAGGAGUAAUCACAAAGUAAGAUUCUAAGGAUAGGUAAAAAGAGUAC